GAUUAGUUCAUUUUUCGAGGAUCGAUGGAAUGUGUCAAGAUGCGAGGAAAAUGUGGUCCUUGACCAACCGUUGUGGAAAACGAUAUCUUUCUCUUCCUUGGGCCCAUCUUUUGUCUUUGAUUCGUUCAACCCCUUGCUUUGAGUGCAGUGCGUACUGUAUUCCAUUAACCUGGACGAUCCCUUGCUCAUUUAUUAUCUUUUGUUAGUUAUAACGUACCGAUGCCUAUGAGUGUGGUCAUGUUCGUCAGUUGAGGUUCUCGAGAUCUUUUUUUUUAUUCAAUGCGAGGGGUGCACCAAUGCAUGAGUAGUCUAUCAUCGGUCAGGCGAGCAAAUGUACAGCACUCAACGUAUAAUGGCCGUUCCGGUGUUGUUCACUGACUGCCCCCGCACCAGCCUUCGAUUGGAUAGGAUAGAACGAGUGCACUGUUGCUGCUUGCUGCCUGCGGACAAAGAAAAAAUAAGAACUGUCCUUGGUCUUCGUUUUGCAUCUCUUCCUUUCCAUUUCCUCUCUUCUUCAUCAAGGUACAUAUAUAAUCUUUUCUAUUCCCUUGUCUUGGUCAUCCCUCACCGCUGCCGAAGAAUCAUACCAAGGGACAUACGAGAACAAGGGUUCUUGUUCAUUUCCCUCUCGCUUUGUGACACUUUAAUAUAUAGAAGCAAAGACAGAACCACAGAGAACAAUAGAAUUCUAAGUAGUCCUUUCGCCUCUACUCUAAUACCUCGACCAGCCCUACAACAACACCAGUUGCAGCUCUUCGAAAAAAAGGAAACCAACCAUGAGCGUCAAGGAUCCACGCUUGUCCCAGAUCCUGCCCGUCAUUCGGUGCUCCGACUGCGGGCACGAUGUCGAGUUCCGCCUGCUUGGGUCAAAGAGGGUGAGAAUGAAAUGUAUAGAGAGGGGAAGCAGUUAGGGAAUGAAUACAAGGACAAUUGCACCUUGCCAUCCCCCCACCCCACAAUGGUCACCAGACUGGAUACCGCGGAGUGUGAGACGUGAGCGAGGGCGAGGGAAUCUUAUUUUUUCACACUUCUACCCCGCACAGGAACGAAUAAGAAACUGUGUUCCUGGACGUCGAGAGUGAAACCUGACAUAUCAUCAACGAAAGAGAAAGAGACAAUGGCAUAUGGCAGCAGAUGUUCUGCAGUGCGCAUCUGGUAUUGGGCGUCUAGGUAUGCUAGACAGCCC